AACGCUUUUAACUGGAUUUAACUUCCAAAAAGUCAACAUUUAAACCUGGAUUGUUUUUCCUCUGUUACACCUUUUUCUGCAUAAAUGAUCAACAACUGAAGUCUGUGAAAAUGCUGCUCCUGGUGUUGCCACGCCUGAGGUCCGGCUGCAGGGAUGACUUCCGCUUGUCAUCUUCACUCAAGGAAGGCCUAUCACGUCUGAUCAUGGUUUCCUGAGCAUCUCUUCCGCCAAAGCAUCCCAGGGAUCAUUACCCUUUUGGGCCAUGACUGCACCUCUUCCAAACACCAGCAUUCCCGGGAGCGCAUCAGCUCUACUUUUGACCUCUGACUAUCUGUUGAACCUGACUGCGGCUUCACAGUUGGGACAUGGCUCGGCCCAGUCACUCCCACCACUCUGCACCCUCUGCUGCUGUGGAGUUCUCAACCGCAUCCUAGCUGUGGCAUUCAUGGUCACCCUGGCAUUCGCAGUUGUGAUUGGAAACGUAGUCACUCUAACAGUGUUUGUGCAAACCAGGCAGUCAAGAACACCACAAGGAUACUUAAAAGUAUCUCUGGCCGUAGCGGACAUGAUGGUGGGUGUUCUUGUGGUUCCUUUCUCUGUCUACACUGAAAUCUCCCUGAUGGUGACCAACGCUCCUCCAAUCUGGUACCAGGGUGGUACAUCUUCGUCCUUCAAUGAUCUGGGGAGCCCUUGGCAGCCCUGCAUGCUAAUAGGUCCCGUGUUUGCAGGAUGCACCUUCGUCUCCAUCAGCACCAUCUUCCUGAUGACCUUGGAGCGCAGCGUGGCCAUUCUGUGGCCGCUGCACAAGGACUCUCUGGUGACCAGAAGACGAACGCUGCUCCUCAUCCUGCUGUCUUGGGCAGCCAGCUUCCUGUUGGCUCUCGCACCUCUUAUCUUCAGCAGCAACUUUACGUUGGAGUACAAUGAGUGCAGUCGCAUGUGUAACUACACCCCACUGUUAUUUGAAGGCCGGCUCCCGCCUGAUGCCAACAUAUUGCUGUUGUUCCCAGCAUUUGACUUCACACUUUUGGGUGGCACAUUAGCAGUCAAUAUUGUGUCCUUCACAAGCAUUCGCCAGUACACCCGGAAACGCAAACUGCUCUCAGUAGGGAGUCUGAGUGAUGGAGGGCGAGGAGGGGGAGGAUGCUCCCACAGACCAUCAUUUUCAGACAUUAAGGCUGCAAAGACAAUCGGCAUACUGACAUUUGCCUUUACAGCAUCUUUUUCUCCUAUUGCUGUGUUUGUGCUUGGAAACGUGGUCGGAUAUGAGUGGUGCAACUUUUCUUUUGUUGCCUUCUGGAUCCUGACAGGAAACAGCUGCUGUAAUGUCAUCAUCUACAGCGUGAGGGACCACCGCUUCAGGAAAGGUGUGACCCUGCUUUUUCAAAGAGAGCAGUCUCCCCCUCGUGGUGAGAAGACCUGAGGGCCAAAAGGACUCAUUCAGGUUUAACAUGCUCAUGUUAUUGUAACUGAUGUCCAAAAUGUUAGUUUUUGUUCAUAUUUAAUAAUAAUUGCAUUAUUUUUAUGCACAUGAGAAUCAAUUCUCUGCUUGUAUUUGCACAAUGUCAAAGCUUUGCAGAAAGAGAGGAAGUUUUGAAUAUGUGUUAAACUGGAUUAAUUAAGCCAAUGCCCUUUGAACAAAGAGGACUAUGAAAAUUAAAAAAAAUAAUCCAAAACCUUGGAACAGAUGUACUUGUUGCUCUGACUGGGAUCUCAUCCAUUCCAAAGGGAUUUUCAGUGUAAAAGUGGCAAAAACUGCAGCCCACUAAAUAGCCACUGGAUGCAAAUUUUAUAAGCAGUUUAAGUAAUUUGUUGACAUUCCUUUAAAAGGUAUCAAUACACCUGGAAGUUUUUCAACCAUAUUC